CUAAAUAAUUGUAUUGCCCCAAGUCUCCUUUCAUAAUCUUCCUGAGUGGAUCCCUUUGCAGUCGCGUUCUUCCCAAACCCCCCUCCCAAGAUUUGAUCUUUACGCCUUUAAUCUCUGGUCCAGAAAAUGGCACUCGGUUCAGGAGGAUCUAGUGUUGUCGUUCCUCGCAAUUUUAGGUUGCUCGAGGAGCUUGAACGGGGUGAGAAAGGUAUUGGAGAUGGUUCUGUCAGCUAUGGAAUGGAUGAUGCUGACGAUAUUUACAUGCGUUCUUGGACGGGUACCAUAAUUGGUCCUCAUAACACCGUGCACGAGGGACGUAUUUAUCAACUCAAGCUGUUUUGUGACAAAGAUUAUCCCGAUAAGCCUCCAACCGUUCGCUUCCAUUCCCGUGUCAACAUGACUUGUGUGAACCCCGAGACUGGAGUGGUGGAAGCAAAGAAGUUCGGUAUGCUGGUGAGUUGGCAGCGUGAGUACACGAUGGAGGGUGUCUUGACACAGUUGAGAAAAGAAAUGGCUGCACCACACAACCGUAAGCUCGUUCAACCCCCAGAAGGAACCUUCUUCUGAUCACGUUAGCCACUGAGAACCGCCUGCCUGUCUGCAUCAUCGAAAGCUGGACAACAAUAGGCUCGAUUUCUCAUAUGGCAUGCGCACCCCGUAAAUAGUUUUCCUUCAUGUUCUAAUGACUAUUAGUGUUAUGUAUCUUGCAACAGCUUUAAUUUCUGUGUACCUUCUGACUUGUGUGUUUAUGUUAAUGUCAAAAGGGGAUUGUUAUUAUGAUA